GGUAUGCACUUCCGGGUUUCUACUUUUGUAAAUAAGGUUAAGGUGAACGAGAUUUCCCAGAUCAGGUUUACAAGUUCGAAGAAGGCAACAACGUAAAAACAGCGAAAACAUUCAUUCAUAAGUUUGAUAUAAAAAUGGAACAGAAUCUAGAGUUAGUAGAAGCCAGGGCAGUGGCUGUUAAAUCAAAUAGACCGACUAUUGUUGAUGCUCUAAUAGAUUUAACAGGGGGAACUGCAGGUGGUGCCGCUACUGUAUUCGUUGGUCAACCAUUAGACACCGUUAAGGUCAAGAUGCAAACAUUUCCCGAAUUAUAUAGAAACGCUUUUUAUUGUUUCAAAGAAACUUAUAAACAGGAUGGUAUACGUCGAGGACUUUAUGCUGGAACAGUUCCAUCACUUGCUGCCAACAUCGCAGAAAAUGCUGUCUUAUUUUGUUUUUACGGAAUGUGUCAAAAGGUCGUAGGUUCGAUACGAAAUAAAUCAGACAUAAAAACACUAAAUCCAUUAGAAAAUGCAUUGGCUGGUGGUGGAGCAGCCUUUUUUUCUAGUUUUGCAUUGUGUCCAACAGAGUUGAUUAAAUGUAGAUUACAAGCGAUGAGAGAAAUGGCGACACAGGGGGAGUUAGAAGGAGGAUUAAACAGAUUAAAAAUAGGACCAUGGGGGUUAACUAAAGAGAUAUUAGUAAAUGAAGGUAUACAGGGAAUGUAUAAAGGGUUAACCAGUACCUUCGUUAGAGAAAUGCCCGGUUAUUUUUUCUUUUUUGGUGGAUAUGAAAUUACAAAACAGCUUCUUACCCCAAAGGGAGGUAACAAAGAUGAUAUUGGUGUUAUAAGAACUAUAGUUUGUGGAGGUGUUGGUGGCAUGGCAUUAUGGGUGGCUAUUUUUCCUGCUGAUGUGGUUAAAUCAAGGAUUCAAGUUCAAUCUACUAGUAGUGUGGCACCGUCCUUCACGUCUACAAUACUCAAAAUAUUCCGGACUGAAGGAAUCGGUGCUUUAUAUAAAGGACUUGGACCAACUUUAGUACGAACUUUCCCUGCUACUGGGGCUCUUUUCUUGGCUUACGAAACAACAAAGAAAUAUUUAUCUGGUUUUUAUGAUGGAAUAUUUGGAUGAUGUGUGAUUAGGUUUAGAUUGUAUAUAAUAUAAAAGUCUAGCUUUAAAAAAAUAACAUAGUCUUGUAAAUACAAUACUCAUUGAACAAGGAGUUAGGAGAGUUCCCUAGUUCUAAGGCAGAUUACCCAAUAUACACCGGGUAAUAGUAUAGCAAUUUGAGUGGUUUACUGCUGAUUGUUUUUAUAAACAGUAUUAUUUUAUGACCCUUUACAUGGCGUUUGUGAGAGAAUGUUAAAGGACAACAAGGGAGACAGGAAAAAAGACAGUAUUAAUUCAAACUGGAAGAAUUCAAUUUAAAACAUAAUCCUAUUAAAACAAUGUUCGUAUUGAUCUUCGUAUAACAAACCUAUAACCAACCUGAAGACUACGGCUUAAAACAUAAUCUUAUCCCCCCAAAAAAAAUUCAAAUUGAUCUUCUCCAGACAAAAUUAUAUCACCUCAAGGACCAAAACUUAAAACAUAUCCAAACAAUGUUCAUAUUGAUCUUCUCAAGACAAAACAAAAUUCAACUGAAAGGAUUCAUAAUAGUAUUUAAAAAAUUUUAAAACUGUAUCCAAUUCGAUGACAACAUCUUAACCUUUUAGCAUCUGGACUGCUUGAGACUACUGCUCUCACUAGUACCUCAAACUGCCUGAGUUAUGUGAAUAGCUGUGAUCAUAUUUAACAGUAGUUCAAUCAUUCCAGUUGUAUCAGGCAGUCCAGGGAGGUUUCAAGCAGUUUCAAAAAUGAACUAAGAAUCUCAAUAUCCAAAGAUUGUGUUUCUCUAAUUUUUAUAGGGGACUGGGGUAGACAAUGUUUACAUGUACCAAGUGCUAAAGCUGAAAACAUACACUUUGAAAAAAGUUAUACAUAAACGAUCUUCUAAAGACAAAGCUAAAGUGAUUUGAAAGGCUUGAUUGGCCAUUGGACAUGUAAUAAAAUGAGGGGUUGGGUGGUUUAGUGGUUUAAUGUGUGGGUGUGAAAUCACAAGGUCGGAUAUUGAGUCAUGUUUCGAUUCCUCACUUGAACAUGACAAGGAGUAGGGUCAACUGUCCAACCUUUUGAGUUUUUUUCUGGGUCCUCCGACUACCAAAUACCCCUUCGCACAAGUGAUUUAUUGAAAUACAAUAAAAUAAAUGUAUGAAUGAAAUAAGGUUUAAUGUAAACCAGGCUAAUGAAGACAGGCAUUGUUUUAUAUUAUAUUAUGUCUGUGGUCUGAGAAGAGGAUACUGGAUUUGAAAUAUUUUGAGUUUAUAUCUAUUUACACAUCAACGAAAAAUGAUUGUGGCAUCUACAUUUUUGGUUAUGAUCUUUAGUAUAAUUGCAGUAUAUAAAUAUAUAAAUAAUACUUUUUAUCACUUAUUUGUCAACUGUUUAUGAAUUAUUGUAUUGGCCCUCUGUAUUGUGUUGUACACAAAAUACAGGAAUGUUGACUAAAAAAUAUAUUUCUAUGGACCUCAGACUGCUUUAGACCAUUUAAAUAAGCAUUUUGUGAUAAAAGGUUUUGGAACAGGAAAUGAUAAUGAGAUGAAUCUCACAACUGCAGAGCUAAUGUUCAUUAUAGAAUCACAAUACUGGUUGAUCUCAGAAUUUAAAACCUUUAAUGAUAAGCAUCUUCUAUUUUAAGCCAAGGGACAUCUCAAUGUGUUGAGUUUUACAAUUUUAAGAUAUAUUAUGAAUCUUAUUGUUUAUAGAGAAUAAUAGUUGAAUAAAAAUAUA